CCCUCAGACAAGCAGUGGAGGUUUUAAGCAUGGCGGAUACCGGUGUGUUAGAAUCCCUCUUGCGACUAGUGGAAAAGGUUGACGGUGGUAUUGACAGUCAGGAUGUGGCGGACAGUCUCUCAGUGGACCAUCAGGUCGUUGUUGGGGCUGUAAAGAGUCUCCAGGCUCUCGGAGAGGUGAUUGAUGCAGAGCAGCGCUCCUCCAAACACUGGGAGCUGACCGGAGAGGGAUGUGAGAUCGCUGAGCAGGGAAGCCAUGAAGCCCGGGUGUUUAAUGCCAUCCCUGAAGAGGGAAUGCCUCAGAGCCAGCUCAUGAAACUAGCCAGUGGGAAAGUGGGCUUCAGCAAGGCCAUGUCCAACAAAUGGAUCCGUGUGGAUAAAGGUCAUGAGGGAGGCCCCAGAGUGUUCAGAACGGUGGAGAGCAUCGAGGACACGGUGAGACAGAAACUACAGCUAGUGCAGAAGGGCCAGUCUUCUCAACUGGAGGAGAAAGAGAGGAACGAACUGAAGAAACGGAAACUGCUCACAGAGGUGACAGUUAAGUCUUACUGGAUCACCAAAGGCAGCAACUUCAGCACCACCAUCACCAAACAGGAGACUGAACUUACUCCAGAGAUGAUUUCUAGUGGAAGUUGGAAGGAGAAGAAGUUCAAGCCAUAUAACUUUGAGGCAAUGGGUGUUGCUCCAGACUGUGGUCAUUUGCACCCUCUGAUGAAGGUGCGGACGCAGUUCAGACAGAUCUUCCUGGAGAUGGGGUUCACGGAGAUGCCCACCAAUAACUUUAUCGAGAGCUCUUUCUGGAACUUUGACUCUCUGUUCCAGCCUCAGCAGCACCCAGCUAGAGAUCAGCAUGACACCUUCUUCCUGUCUGAUCCGGCAGUGGCUCAUAAAUUUCCCCAAGACUACCUAGAAAGGGUGAAAAAGGUCCAUUCUGAGGGAGGAUAUGGCUCACAGGGGUACAAGUAUGACUGGAAGAUUGAAGAAGCUCAGAAGAACAUCCUCCGUACACACACAACAGCUGUGAGCGCACGCAUGCUCUACAAACUAGCACAGCAGGAGAAGUUCACACCAGUGAAGUACUUCUCUAUAGACCGCGUGUUUCGCAAUGAGACGCUGGAUGCCACUCACCUGGCAGAGUUCCAUCAGAUCGAAGGUGUGGUGGCUGAUUAUGGCCUGACGCUGGGAGACCUGAUGGGGGUUCUGCAUCAGUUCUUCACCAAACUGGGAAUCACGAAAUUGCGUUUCAAGCCAGCUUAUAAUCCUUACACUGAGCCCAGCAUGGAGGUGUUCAGCUAUCAUGAAGGGCUGAAGAAAUGGGUAGAGGUUGGGAAUUCUGGGGUCUUCAGACCUGAGAUGCUGCUGCCUAUGGGUUUACCAGAGGACGUGUCUGUCAUUGCCUGGGGGCUGUCUUUGGAGCGGCCCACUAUGAUCAAGUACGGCAUCAACAACAUCCGUGAACUUGUGGGGCACAAAGUAAACCUGCAGAUGGUGUAUGACAGCCCAGUGUGUCGCCUGGACUCUUAAACUACACUCAGGAACAAUCGCAGGAAAGAAAACCUGUCUGUUUGUUUAGAAGCCUCUCCUACACAAAUCUCAUGGAUUCAUUCAAGUGUCCUGGAUCAGUCCACAUCAGUGCUGGGGUCCACUAUCCGUAUCUUAAUGAUAGCGUCUAAGUUGGGGAAAAGACGUUUUGACAGAGUGUGGGGGUAGAAGAAUUAUGACACAAUUUUAGUUGAAGUUGUUGGCUAUAAAAUAAGUUUAUAUUCUCCCCAUACAGAUGAACUACUCCAGUCAACUCUACAUGUACUCAGAGCUAAUAUUAGUCCUAGUUAAUUAGCAUUCUGACUGGUAGUAGUUGAUCUGUAUGUCUUUUAUUACUGACUUAGUGCUUAAGUACCGUUUCGUCUGGCUCAUGUCUCACAAAAAAAUGUUACUACUCUGUUACCUUCACACCUCACAGUGCAAGUAUACCAGCUUAAAGGGAAGCAUUCAUAGUGUAAAAAUGAUAAAUUAAACAUGUUUAAAAAUUGA